GUUCCAGGCGAGCGGCCCUCUUUCGCAGCGGUGAAAGAGCAAGUGUCCCGGCAUCCUCCAGAGCUUGGAGUCGUCCGACAGCUUCUGCUAACAUUCCCUGGGAUCUGCCUCGCCCUGCCGCUGGGGAAACGUGGCCAUGCAAUAGGAGCUCCGGUUGCUUCGAUGGCCAUUUGCGUCACUGGACUUAUUUGGGGCCCUAUGCUCCUUUACCUCUAUGGAGGAUAUCCUGCAGGGGUAGAGCUUCAUCGCCGCUUUGCUGCACGCUCGGAAUAG